UCAGUCACCUGGUACACUACAUUUGAGGACGAAAACCAUUCGGUACCGAUCACCAUUUGCUCAACUAUAGGGAAAGGCGUGUCGGGCGACGUGCGGCUGAACGGGCGCCCCGCCAGCGCCUCGCUGCUGUCGAGGGUGUGCGGCUUCGUCCCGCAGCAGGAUGUGGCCACCGAGAGCCUCACGGCGGCCGAGCACCUCAGCUUCAUGGCCGCGAUGCGCAUGGACGCGCGCGCGCCCCCCGCGGCCCGCAGCCGCCGCAUCCUCGGGCUGCUGGCGCACCUGGGGCUGACGCCGUGCGCGCACACGCGGCUGUCGCUGCUGUCGGGCGGGGAGCGGCGCCGCCUGGCGCUCGCCGUGCAGCUGCUCGUGCAGCCGGGCCCGCUCGUGCUCGCGCUGGACGAGCCCUGCUCCGGCCUGGACGCCGAGGGGUCGCGCGUCGUGCUCGAGGCCCUGCGCCGCGAGGCCGGCCGCGGCCGCGCCGUGCUCUGCACCGUGCACCAGGCGGCGCCCGACCUGCUGCGCCUCUUCACGCACAUCCUGGUGCUGGCCUCCGGCAACGUCGUCUACCACGGGCCGCUCGACCGGGCGCAGCCCUUCUUGGCAGAGGCUGGCGCCGGAGGCCCCGCCGGCUGGACGCCGUCCACGCCGCUCAACAGCAUGCUCCAGCAGCUCAACGACCCCGCGGCGCACCUGGACACCGCCAGGGUUUGCGCCGCCUUUUCCUUCUCCGAGCAGGCCUGCCUCCUUGAAGACUACCCUACUAGCGAGGAAGUCCUCGCUCGCGAUGCCAUACGGGCCUCUGAUAUCAAACACAUCUCUUGGAUCGGCGAAGUUGGUUGGCUUCUGUGGCGGGAGUCUGUGGAUGGUAGGCGUAACAAGUCCCGCAACCUCGCUCAGAUGGGCAUGUUCGUGCUGACGGCCACCAUCAUGUCGCUGGCCUUCAUGGAGGUCUCCCUGUCCUCGCUGGCCGGGGUGCAGUCGGUGCGCGGCCUGCUCUACAUCAUCGUGAGCGAGGUGGUGUUCACGCACUCGUACGCCGUGUUCCACACGUUCCCCGUCGAGCUGCCCGUCUACCUGCGGGAGGCCCACCUCUACUCGUCGUCGGCCUACUACGUCGCCAAGGUGCUGGCCACGGUGCCGCGGUCGCUGCUCGAGCCGCUGCUGUUCGUGUCGGUGAUCCAGAGCCGGGUGGACCUGACCGCCGGCGGGGGCGUCGCCACCUUCGCCCUGCUGCUCGGCAUCCUCUUCCUCACAGCGCUCACCGCAUCCGCCUACGGUAUAGUACAGCAGAUAAUGGGCGCGAGGUGA